AAUGACUUACAAAUGAUAACAUAACCUCUUAAGGCUUUUGUUUUAUUUUUUCUGUUUUGUCAAUAGCUAAUACUUAUCUCAAAGCUCAAAAUGCCUCGUAAGCCAACGGGAAAGAUCGUGGUCAUGAACGUGGUUGUCGUGAGUGCUUAGUGGAAUUUAAAAUCGUGUGCUAAAACCCAUCUUUCAGCUUCAAUUCACCGCUUAUACUAAGUACAACACUGCAUAGUCGCAAAAAAAAUAGCAAAGCCACGUUUCCGGGAUGAAAUUUUGCACUUAUUUAAGUAGCAGAUCUUUAAUAAAGCCUUAAGCAGUAAAAAUGAAAAUAAUGAGAGCUAACAACCAACUAAUAACUUCAAAAUGCAAUAAAUGCACAGAGAAGCUGCAUUUGCUUACCCCACGACGGCCAUUUCGUAACCUCUUCAUAUACUCUGAAGUUUGCUCUAACCUUACAAAAAGUUCUUUACGAGCAAAAAAAUUGUAAAUAGAUUUUCAUGACUACAUAUAUAUUUUUACAAUGAGUGAACCAAAAAUGUAUUCGAAAAUUACUGAUAAAACGAAAAUGAAGCGUCGUAGAAGUAGCGCUAAUAUAGAACCUAGUCCAAAACGGGAAAGUAUGUCCGCUUUGAUAGUCGAUAAUGGAGCAUAUAAUAUUAAAGUAGGAUUGUCUAAAGAUAAAGUUGAUCUUAUACCUAACUGCAUCAUGAAAGCAAAAUCUGAGAGGAAACGAUUAUUUAUAGGUAAUCAAAUUAAUGAAUGUAGAGAUUGUUCAGGGUUGUAUUUCCUUAUGCCUUGUGAAAGAGGAUAUAUUACAAAAUGGGAUGUACAGAAACCGGUGUGGGAUCAUAUAUUUAGUAAAAAUUUAUAUCCAGUAGAAGACAAACCCGUAAUAAUGACACAACCAUUAUUUAACUUUAAAUCUAUUCAAGAUUGUACUGAUGAAAUAUUCUUUGAAGAAUAUGAAGUUCCUGCUAUGUUUAGGCUAAAUCCUAGUGAUUUAGCUACCUUGAGAUACACAGAAGAACAUAAUUUAUCAGAAAAUGCUUCUUGUAUUAUUGUUGACUCAGGGUUUAGUUUCACCCAAGUUGUCCCUUAUAUUAAUGGAAAAAAAUAUUUGAGAGGAAUCAAAAGACUGAAUGUAGGUGGAAAAUUAUUAACAAAUCACUUGAAAGAUCUGAUUUCCUAUAGACAGUAUAACGUAAUGGAAGAAACAUAUGUCAUAAAUCAAGUAAAAGAAGAUACUUGCUAUGUUGCAGAAAAUGUUAUACAAGAAUUAAAACUAGCUGCCAACAAACGAAAUAAUGAAAUUGUGAAAAAUUAUGUUUUGCCCGAUUUUAAUAAUAUUCGUAGAGGUUAUAUACAAGAUCCAAAUAAUGUAAACCAGAAGGAAAUAGAGGAAAAUUGCCAGAUAUUACGUUUAAAUAACGAACGUUUUGUGGUACCUGAAAUUCUUUUUCAUCCUUCUGAUAUUGGAAUGAAAAGUAUGGGUAUUGCAGAAGCUAUUGUAAAAUCAGUUUAUUGUUGUCCAAAAAAUCAACAAGAAGAUUUAGUCAAACAUGUAGUUCUAGUUGGUGGAAAUUGUAAAUUUCCUGGUUUUAAAGAGCGAAUGUAUGCAGAACUACGAUCACAGUUGCCUCAAGAAUGGGAAAUAUCUGUGUAUUUACCAGAGAAUCCUAUUACUUACAGUUGGGAGGGAGGAGGCGCCUUAUUAAAAUUCCCCAACUUUAAAUCAUUUUUAGUAACAAAAUCUGAAUAUGAAGAGCUUGGCUCUACUAUCAUACAACAGAGAUUCAACAAUUGGAUGGUUGAUAAUUCUGAACACAAAGCAGAAACAAAAAACGUUGUUGAAAAUUUCAGUUAUUUGGAUACAAUUAAAGGGAAAUCAAUAUUCGGUAAACAAGAUGCAAGUAAUAAUGAUUUAAAUCCAGGGGACAACAAAAUUGGUAACACCACAAUAACAGAUAAACAUGAAUCUAUAAAUUCUGAUAUAUUACUUGACACUAUGGAAGGAUCUGAACAUAACCAAGAAAAUUUUAUCGGUGAAAGUGAUAGAUUAAAAAGGGGCUCACACAAAAAUUUUGGUAACAAAGAUUCUUUGGAAGAGGAUGCCGAAGAGGAUAAGUUAUUUGAUUCACUUGAACUCUUUCCGUUCGAGCCCAUGGAUCAAGUGAUAAGUUUUAAAAUCACAGUACAGUAAACUUCCAUGUACAAACAAAUGCUUCACAAUAUUGAGAACAGAGAAGAUACAAAAAAAAAUAGCAUAGAUGCAAGUCUAAUAUUAUCAGAAGCUUGGGGAAACCUCAAACAGACGAGGUAUUUGCUGUUAUGAAAAGUAGACGUAUGAUACUCAAUGGACGCCACAGGAAUCUGUUCGGAAACUAGAGCUGCCAUAACGGCCUAAAUGGUAUGCUUCAGACUAGUGCUAAAGUUAAAGAAAGUAUAAGAACUGAUGAGCUACAAGCUAAACUGGGAUCUGCAAAUCCAUCAAACUGCAGAGAUGGAAAGAUAACUGCAUGAGACAAGCUAAGGCACAAAUACACAAAUAUAUGGCCCUUUUGCAUUUCCUACCAAACAACUGCUCUAGACAUGGUCUCUAAGACUCCAUCUCCACAGUAUGGGCAUCAUAGACGACCUAGAGUGCUGCAGGUAGAUGGAGAAGGAUCAAAU